AAAUUGUGACCAUGGAGAAGCUCGUUUCAAUGUGGUAUAAAAAUCAAUCCUUGCCAGAAGAUUACAUUUUCCCACCAGGAACCAGACCUGGAAAGUCCAUUGUUCCUGUAUGCAAUGACAUUCCGGUUGUUGAUUUAAGUACAGCAGUUGGUUGUAAUCGAAGUGAUACAAUUCAAAAAAUAUUGAAGGCUGGCAAAGAGUUCGGAUUUUUCCAGGUUACUAACCAUGGAGUUCCAGAGGAACUAAUAAAUGAGACAAUGAGUGUAUUGAAGGAGUUCUUUGAGAUGCCUGCAGAGUACAAGGCCAGUCUGUAUUCUGAGGACACAACCAAAAGUUGCAGGCUUUGCACAAGCACUGUGCAUUAUACUGAUGAAGAGAUUCACUACUGGCGUGACAUUUUGAGACAUCCUUGUCAUCCGAAUUUGGAUGAAUCCAUUCGAGAAUGGCCAGAAAAGCCAACUAGAUACCGUGAGGUUAUUGGGGCGUAUUCAAUUGAAGCAAGAAAACUGGGUUCAAUGAUCCUGGAGCUGAUUGCUGAAGGGCUGGGACUUGACACCCAUUAUUUCAAAAAUGAGCGAAGUGAAGCAUCAGUAUUAUCAAUUAACCAUUAUCCACCGUGCCCAGACCCAAGCUUGACCCUGGGAAUCCCUAAACAUUGUGACCCAAAUAUUAUAACAAUUCUGCUUCAAGAUGUGUGUGGGCUUCAGGUCUUCAGGGAUGGGAAAUGGCUUGGUGUUGAGCCUCUUCCGAAUGCAUUUGUAAUCAACAUAGGCUAUGCAUUACAGAUUAUCAGUAACAACAAGCUGACGAGUGCUGAACAUAGAGGUGUGACAAAUUCAAAAGAAACGAGGACAACUGCUGCUUUCUUCAUAAAUCCGGCCGUUGAUAGCAUUAUAGAACCUGCAAAAACUUUGACUUUGACUGAUCCUCCAGUCUUCAGAGCCUGUCAAUACAAGGAAUUGGUGACACGUUACCAUUUCAUGUCCGGGGACCCUGAACUGGUGCUGGAACCAUUUAAGCUGAAAGCCUAUUGAUAAUGUUGCCAUGGGAAAUGCAAGGAGGACAUAUUAAUUUAAAUAAGUGAUAAUAAAUUUUCCUCAUGUUAAUUUUAAUUAUGUUCAUUCGAUGAAUAAAUUUCAUUUUAAAUGAAUUUUGUAUGUUUAUUUUGCUCUAUCCACAAUAAUCAUGACUUACAA